GAGUCAUGCUUUUAGCAAUUAUGGGCGUGCUCAAUUAGUUAAGUGCCUUUUAUAAAAUAUAAAUGCUCGUAACUAAUUGGCUUGUACUUGUUGCUACGUUUGGUACUUGCCGCUGCCUUGCUGAUAAUGUAUCAACGGUGUUUGGUGUGCGACCGGCAGAUGAAUCGGUGUAUAUCGAUGAAAGCGGGUCUCUCGCCUGCGUCACUGCCACGAAAAUCAAAAUGGUCGUUUUUGGAGUCAAUUUUGACAAUGAUACAAGGGUAGCAUUCAGCCAGACGAAGAAUGCAGAUGGAUCAUGCACAAGGAAACGGGAUAGUCUUCCCAAGAAAUCAAAGGCUAGUAUUACUGAAAUAAGCUUUGAAAUUGAAGAGUACUUUGAAAACCCUGGUGAUUGGUUUCUAUGCAUCGAGAAGAUGGAAGCUACGACUUUUAAACUAUGGCCCAUUGAUUCAAAAUACGUGGGACUUAAAGUGACGUUUGACGGUAAGCCUGGGUGGAUGCUUGGCUUACAAAUAGCCAGUGUUGCCAUUCUUCUGGUUUUGUCCGGGUUAUUCAGUGGACUUAAUCUGGGUCUGAUGGCUCUGAACCCAGACGAGCUCCAAGUGGUGAAAAAUGUCGGAAGUGAAGUCGAGAAAAAGUAUGCAUCACAGAUUUUACCUAUAAGGAAACACGGAAAUUUUCUUCUGUGUACUCUGCUUCUUGGAAAUGUUGUCGUUAAUACGACAGCGACAAUACUGCUGGAUAAUUUGACAGGAAGUGGCUUCGCAGCCGUUUUCGGGUCAGCUGCAGGCAUUGUGGUGUUUGGAGAAAUAGUUCCUCAAUCUGUGUGCACGAGACAUGGAUUGGCGGUGGGCGCUAAGACUAUUUGGCUUACCAAGACCUUCAUGAUUCUGACUGCGGUUAUUUCUUGGCCUCUAAGCAAACUUCUAGAUUGUCUCUUCGGAGAGGAAAUCGGUCAGCGGAACAACAGAGACAAGUUCAUAGAGAUGGCCAAACUCAGUCAACAGAAGGGAGACGAACACUUUGACCCGAACACUGUGGCCAUAAUAGACGGUGCCUUCCAGCUGAAGGAAAAAGUAGUGCGUGAUGUCAUGACGCCAAUCGAGAAAGUGUUCAUGAUUGAUUUCAACGAGAAAUUAACUUUUGAACUGCGCUCUAAGAUUUCAGAAAAUGGGUAUACUAGAAUACCUGUGUACAAGAAAGAGGGUGACACAAGGAAUAUCGUGGGGAUUUUGUUUGUGAAGGACUUGAUCUUCAUUGACCCUGCGGACAAUAUGCCGAUCAAGGCCAUCUGCGAUCACUUCAACCAUCAGCUCAUGUUCACAUAUGAGGAAAUCACACUGGACCAAAUGCUAGCCGAAUUCAAAACAGGGUCUUCUCACAUGGCCAUAGUUCAGAAGCCAGUGAGCGUCGCGGGUAUGGAUCCGUACUACGAGAUCACAGGAGUGGUCACUUUGGAAGACGUGUUCGAAGAGAUGAUAGGAUCCGAGAUCAUAGACGAGACCGACAAAUUCGUGGACAACACGGGACGUCACAGAGCGAACAGGCAUCGAAAAAUGGACUUCAAGGUGUUCAUUAACCAGCCGACUUCAACAAUGUUCCCUCCGCAGCUUAAACUAGCCUGCUUCCAAUACUUACACUCUGAAAUUGAGGGUUUCCGUCCGGCCCUCAUGCAUUCGAGUGUGCUGAAAAAACUGAUGGAGUGCAAUGUCCUCUUUGAGGUCAGAUUAGACAACAUCAGCAAUGCGGCCGACGGGGAACACGUGCUGUACAAGAAGAAUGUACCCUCGGAAUACUUCAUUAUGAUUCUGGAGGGGCGUGCCAUGAUCAGUGUCGGAAGAGAUAAUCUCAAGUUCGAGGCCGGACCAUUCCACUACUUCGGCACCUGUCUGCUAAAUAAAACGGCACUGCCUUCACCCGUAAGAUCGAGGCGUUCUUCGCCUAAAUCCCAAAGGAACUCAAUGGUUCCUGUUAUUACGGAACCGGAAAAGCCGGCGCCUCGCCGAGGCAGGGCUAGCAUCCCGUGGGCGGACUCUUUGCCCUUGUUGUCCCAAGUGGCGCUGACGCGAUCACCCGCGAGGAAAACUAAUUCGGGUCAAAUAGCGACUGGCGAGGAGAGUGGGACGCCAGCUGUGCCUGUUGCGCAAAAAGACGCUUCUUUCAUCCCCGACUUCACAGCCACCGCCACCACGAACCUGAUCGUUUUCAAGAUAAAGCAGAAACAUUACAUGGCCGCUGUAAAAGCUAGUCAUCUGCUAUAUGCACAGUCAGGAGCUGAAAAGACGAGUGCAGCUUCAAACGAAACGAGUCCCGACGACCUGGACUCCAAAACGAACGAGAUCAAAGAAAUGGCGAACGUCGAGCGAAUCUUAAGUGAUGAGUUGAGUAAGGUUGACGCGAAUGACAAACUGAUGAUUCCGAACGCACAGGAUCCGGUCACGAGCUACUCCCAGGAAUCGACGAAUAUGACGAAUAAUAGCGAGACGGUGGGAAAGAACGUGCGAUUUGUAGCUACGGAAGCCAAGCCCAAUAAAACCAGAAAUAGUCGAGGUUCGAUGGAUGAAGAUGAAAGCACGGCUGUCAAAAUUGACGGUAAAGAAGGAAUCAAUGGGAUCGAGGAAAGCAGAGCUUAAAAUUGUUUUUUUUUUGCAAAAAUGAAGCGAAACAGAACAAACUGAACAUCAGAAGUUUGGACUUGUUAAUCUGACUGUUUAAAAAAGCGCAGAAGUUGUUACAUGUAACUUUGUCGACAUGUCAUCUAUAUUCAUUUGCAUAUGAUUUCAAAAAGAUGUAUAUACUUUAAUAAAUAGCAAUUCACCUUAUAGUUGCUUUACGGCGAAAUUGUAGGUAUUGGGUUUUAAUUUUAUCAAGGUUUCAGUUGAAAAAAUAUAUGUUUUCAUCUGAUGCGUAAUUUUGGCCGGUAUAUGUAGUUAAAAUAUACCCUUAAAAGUUGAAUGUUCAUUUUUUGCAAGAUCCGUGCUAAAACAUGGUUGCUAGUCUUAUUUUUAGCAGCUGCUGACUCUUAUAUCACAAAAGUUUGAAACUGGUCUUUAAUUUUUCAUCGCAUUAAGUGCAAAUUUAAUUUUAAUCAAUUUUUUUGAUCAACUGAUUUUUUCAACUGAUUAAAUUGAAGUUUAAAUUUUUAGUUGAUAUAAUAAGUUAUCUCUAUAAUCGAUAUUCGUACCAUUUUUGCAUUUCGAAUUCCAUUCAUAAAUUUUCGCAAAUUCCAGUAGUUUUCCAACUUAGUUUGUAGCUCGAAGGACCCAUCAAUGAUAAUGCAUGUCGCUUACGAACACGAAGUUUAUAGGGCUGUUUUCUUAUAUAAUCCUUUUACAAGCUAGUAUCAAAAAACAGUCCCUCAGCUUUAACGUUUUUGAAUU